CUUAACUGAUUAGUGAGGGGAAAAAAAACAGACAAGAAAAAAAGAAAGUCAUGCCGCAGCAGUAAUGGAGCUACGAGGGGAGUUGCUGAAGUCCAUCUGGUAUGCUUUCACUGCUCUGGACGUGGAGAAGAGUGGCAAGGUCUCCAAAUCACAGUUGAAGGUCUUGUCUCACAAUUUGUGCACGGUCCUGAGUAUCCCUCAUGACCCUGUUGCACUGGAGGAGCACUUUCGGGAUGAUGACGACGGCCCUGUGUCCAGCCAGGGCUACAUGCCCUACCUCAACAAGUACAUCCUGGACAAGGUGGAGGAAGGGGCCUUUGUGAAGGAGAACUUUGAUGAGCUGUGCUGGACGCUCACGGCCAAGAAGAACUAUCGCCCAGAGAAGAAUGGCAAGAGUGUCUUGAGCAUGCACGACGCCUUCCGCCUUUGGUGCCUCUUCAACUUCCUGUCUGAGGACAGGUACCCUCUGGUCAUGGUGCCUGAUGAGGUGGAAUACCUGCUGAAGAAGGUAUGCGUGGCCAUGAGUAUGGAGUUGAAUUGCGUGGAACUGGAAGACUACAUUUCCCAAGAGGCUGUGCAGCAGAGCGGCAUCACAGUCUGGCACUUCCUAGAUCUGGUGAACUCUGGGAAGAUAACACGGGGUAUUGACAAGCAGACGAUCAGCAUGGCUAUUGAGGAAGUGUACCGAGAAAUUGUGGGGGACGUGCUCAAAGAGGGCUACCUGUGGAAAAGAGGUCAGCUGCGGAGGAACUGGACGGAGCGAUGGUUCACCUUGCGGCCCAACUCCCUGGCCUACUUCGUCAGCGAGGACCGGAAGGAACGCAAGGGCAGCAUCUCUCUGGACAGGAACUGCUGCGUGGAGGUGUUACCAGACAAGGAUGGAAAGCGGUGUAUGUUCUGCGUGAAAACGCCAGCCAAGACCUACGAGAUGAGCGCAUCAGACACCAAGCAACGUCAGGAAUGGACCACAGGUGAGAAAGCGCGGGCCAGCAUGCAGGCGGAGAUGGCGCUGAAGGAGGCCGAGGCCGACAGGCAGAGGAAGAGGAUCCGGGAGCUGGAGGAGAUGCAGCAGCGCCUGGAGGAGGCCCUGCACCUGGAGAUCAAGGCCAGGCAGGAUGAAGAGGCCUUCCGCUACGCACAGGCCAGGCUGCUGGCGGAGGAAGAGGAGAAGCUGAAGGCCCUGAUGGCUUUGAAGGAGGAGCAGGAGGAGUACAUCCUCAAGACCCAAAGAGAGAAGCAGGAGCUCAAGCAGGAGAUGGAAAGCAAGUCCCGGUCCCUGGAUGAGGCCCAGCGCCAGCUGGAGGAAGUGAGGGCCAACCGGCACAGGGUGGACCAGGAUGUGGUGGCUGCCCAGAGGAAGCUUCGGCAGGCCAGCACCAACGUCAAGCACUGGAAUGUGCAGAUGAAUCGGCUGAUGCACCCUAUAGGGCCUGGAGAGAAGAGGCCUUCUGGAAGUUUCUCCAGUUUCCGCGUUCCCAUGCAGAAGGACCCAGGGCUGAAGCUGCAGCUGCGCCAGAGGUCGGAGGAGAAGGAUGAAGAGAGCAAGGAGAAUGUGAACCGCGGCGAGGGGGCCAAGCGCCUCUCACAGGCCUCUGACAGCGACAUGGACACCGUGCCCUGAGAGGUGAACUCUUACCGACCAAUCAGACUCCGGCUUCCAUGACCUUUGACUUCCCUAAUGGAAGCACAGAACUUCUAUGAAGACUAAAGAGCAGAACAAACUUGCUGUAACCUAGGAUUUCCCAAUUUUUCUUUCUUUUGUUUUUAAACCGCCAAAUUGGGCUGUUGAUUAUGAGUAGAACUGAAUUAGCAGCCGGAUAUGUUUUUGCUGCAUAUCAGCCUUCUUUCUAUGACAGCAGACAGAGAAUAAGGAGAAUCUCUUUUUUAAUAAUCUUCCUGUCGGAUGAGAGUGUCAGACACGCUGAAAGUUAUUUCUCAGAAGUGAUCGUCCACCAGAAAAUACACCCCUUACUUGGAUGAAGUUUGUGAUCAAGGAGAACAUCACUAGAAUUUGCAAGAUGUUUAGAUAUUUUAAAUAUUUCUACCUAAAUGUAACAAAAAAUGUUUGUACUUCUGUUUAAGAGUUAUCUUAAAUGAAAAUAGGGGUCAUCUGCAUUUUGGCAAGUAUUUCAGGUACUUUAAAACCAACAGUUUUUAACUGCUAGCAGUCAGUCAGGAGAUUAUUUGCAGAAAUUAACAAUUGUUCAGAGUAGUUUAAACUAAGCAAAACCCCUGUUCACUUCCUGGCUCCUUUCCAGAGAAGACAGUAAUCGACUCUUCUUAGCUGAUGUCAUAUGGUGUUUCCCAGGCCACUAAGCCGGGGUGAAAACAGAGCACUAGUGAACUGGGAUUAGAAAUUAGGCUUCGCAUUACAGUGCUCACAUGGAGCAAAGGUUAAAGAUCAUGCUUUGAGCUCUGCUUUCCUGUUGUGUAUCUUAUUUUUGCGGAGUGAAAUUAGUUAUAAAACACUGGCCCACUGAUCAAAGCAAGUCGUCACAUGGAGUUGAACACUUUAUUUCCACUUGAAAACUAUUAGGUAUCCAGGAUUUACAUCCCCGUUUAUGUGUUGGUCUUCAAAACCUUGCUUUUGCACAUUUUCUAGUUCUGAAUUAUUUCUAAAUAUGCAAAAAUACUUGUCUUAAGGGCUAAAUUUCUAAUUUUUCUGAAACUUAAAAUCUCUACUAUUUUCUAACCCCCUACACCUGGACUGUUCAUUUCUUCGUCGGCUCUGUUCACCACCAUGACCUCUUGCAUUAGCUUGGUAAAGAUGAAGACUGCGGCCAUUUUCCUGAACCUUCUGCAUGGUGGUGCAGGCUUGAGCUGUGUCAGAAAGGCAAAAGGCUUUACAGGUGACCUGAUCACAGGUCUCUGUCUCACCACAAAAAAGAGGAUUCUAAACUAGGUGCAUUUAUAAUAAACUUUUUAUGCUUCUAAAAAAUGAAAAUAAUGAUGAAAAGCAGAGAAAACCUGUAAAAGUAAUGCGCUGGAAAGGAAGAUGUCAGUAAUGCAAUGAAAUAUUAAGAUUUUAGGUUUCUGCAAGACGUAAUUUUUCCUUUGGAAAGCAAAGUACAGAUCCAAAUGGACUAACGUUUGGCUUAAUCAGAAAUAAAGUCAAACAGUAUUAUAAUAUAAUUUCCUUAGUUUGUUUGUCAUAGAAGAUACUUUCAUAACUCUUGGACCAACUCUGUAGUUGUCCUUGUAAUGGUAAAUGCACAUACAGAUUAUAAAACAUGCGAAAAUGAGAAAACUUGGAAGAGCUUCUGCUGUGAAUGUCUUUUCUGGGUAGAUCAUAAGGGUGUUAUUGGUAAGAAUCAUUCAGACACCUGUCUUCAGUAUCAUUCCCAUGUAUUUUCAAAUGAAAAUGUUUCUCUGACAUCUAACACAUCCCUAGAAACAAUGAAAAAAUUAUCUUGAUCUCAUUUGCAUAAUUCCACAUCCUUAGUCCCAUAUUUAGAAACCUUCUUUUGAAUACUGUACAGCCACAUUCUGGAUUCAUGAAGUGUGAGUACCUUUAAUUCUAAAAAAUAAACCAGAUAUUGUCCUGGAAAACAGUCCUUGAGCCUAACAGACCUACAGAGCAUUUUCAGUUUUGUUGCCAUGAACGAUGCUUUUAGAUAACCUUUACAUAUGCAAAGGCCUUCCCUUUAGAUGAUGUAGUUAUUCUGGCAAGGACAUGGUUACCUAUAGUGUAUAGAUUUUCAUUUUUAAAGGAAAUGAAAUUACUGGUUCAGAAACACGUACACACCCUUCACUAUUCAAGCUGCCAGGAAAACCAAGCUGAAAAAUCAAGAUUUAAAAACUCUGGUCUGCCUGUAUGCAGUCUCUCCAAAGAGCAGUCAACAAAAUAUGAGAGUGUUUGUCAAAAUGCAUUGUAUCUGCUUACUGUAAAACAUAGUUUGAAAUUGUACAGUUUUUGUAAUUGCUGUUAUUUUAUUUUAGUUAUUGAAAUAGUAAUGGGACUGAAAUGCCUUUAUUUUGCCUGUCUCAUCAUGUUGUAGGUAUACUGUACAUUGACUGCUGGGUGACAUUAAAUGCUCCUGUUAUGCACAGACUGUGA